AUGGAAGAUGACGGGGACAGGGACAUGCUGAGGGAGCCGCUGGGCACCGACACCCCUCCUGAUGGCCCCGGGGUGCCGGGGCGGGAGGCGGAUCCGGGGUCCGGGCCCGGCGCGUCGCCCCCCGAGAGCCCGGCAGCCGAGCGCGGCGCGGAGCUGGGCGCCGACGAGGAGCAGCCCGUCCCGUACCCGGCGCUGGCGGCCACGGUCUUCUUCUGCCUUGGGCAGACCACGCGGCCGCGCAGCUGGUGUCUCCGGCUGGUGUGUAACCCGUGGUUCGAGCACGUCAGCAUGCUGGUCAUCAUGCUCAACUGUGUGACCCUGGGCAUGUUCCGGCCCUGCGAGGACGUCGGGUGCCAGUCGGAGCGCUGCGGCAUCCUGGAGGCCUUCGACGACUUCAUCUUUGCCUUCUUCGCGGUGGAGAUGAUUGUCAAGAUGAUUGCCCUGGGGCUCUUUGGGCAGAAGUGCUACCUGGGUGACACGUGGAACAGGCUGGAUUUCUUUAUCGUCAUGGCGGGCAUGAUGGAGUACUCCCUGGACGGACACAGCGUGAGCCUCUCGGCCAUCCGGACCGUGCGCGUGCUGCGGCCCCUCCGCGCCAUCAACCGUGUGCCCAGCAUGCGGAUCUUGGUCACGUUGCUGCUGGACACGCUGCCCAUGCUGGGGAACGUUCUCCUGCUCUGUUUCUUCGUCUUCUUCAUCUUUGGCAUCGUGGGCGUACAGCUGUGGGCCGGCCUGCUUCGUAACCGCUGCUUCCUGGACAGCACCUUUGCCAGAAAUAACAACCUCACCUUCCUGCGGCCGUACUACCAGACGGAGGAGGGCGAGGAGAACCCUUUCAUCUGCUCCUCGCGCCGAGACAACGGCAUGCAGAAGUGUUCGCACAUCCCCAGCCGCCGGGAGCUGCGUGUGGAGUGCACGCUGGGCUGGGAGGCUUACGGGCAGCCGCAGGCCGAAGGUGCGGCAGGCGCCGCCCGCAACGCCUGCAUCAACUGGAACCAGUAUUACAACGUGUGCCGCUCGGGCGGCUCCAACCCCCACAACGGUGCCAUCAGCUUCGACAACAUCGGCUACGCCUGGAUCGCCAUUUUCCAGGUGAUCACGCUCGAGGGCUGGGUGGACAUCAUGUACUACGUCAUGGACGCGCACUCCUUCUACAAUUUCAUCUACUUUAUCCUGCUCAUCAUCGUGGGCUCCUUCUUCAUGAUCAACCUGUGCCUGGUGGUGAUCGCCACGCAGUUCUCGGAGACCAAGCAGCGCGAGAACCAGCUCAUGCGGGAGCAGCGGGCGCGCUACCUGUCCAACGACAGCACGCUGGCCAGCUUCUCGGAGCCGGGCAGCUGCUACGAGGAGCUGCUCAAGUACGUGGGCCACAUCUGCCGCAAGGUCAAGAGGCGGAGCCUGCGCCUCUACGCGCGCUGGCAGAGCCGCUGGCGCAAGAAGGUGGACCCCGGCAGCGCCCUGCACGGCCAGGGCCCCGGGCGCCGGCCAAGGCGGGCGGGGAGGCACACCGCCUCGGUCCACCACCUGGUCUACCACCACCACCACCACCACCACCACCACUACCACUUCAGCCACGGCGGCCCACGCCGGCCCGGCCCCGAGCCCGGCCCCGGGGACACCAGGCUGGUGCGGGCCGGGACCUUGCCCUCGCCGCCCUUGCCGGGCCGUGGGCCCCCUGAUGCCGAGUCGGUGCAUAGCGUGUACCACGCAGACUGCCACGUGGAGGGGCCGCAGGAGAGGGCCCGGGUGGCACACACCGCGGCCACGGCCGCCGCCAGCCUCAAGCUGGCCGCGGGGCUGGGAGCCAUGAACUAUCCCACCAUCCUGCCCUCGUCCGCGGGGGGCAGCAAAGGCGGCACCAGCCCCGGGCCCAAGAGGAAGCGGGCCAGCGGGCCUCCAGGCGCCGGAGAGCACAGCCCCCUGAGCCUGAGGGGAGCUGACCCCUACGAGAAGAUCCAGCAUUUGGUCGGGGAACAUGGACUGGGCCGGGCCCCCAGCCGCCUGUCGGGCCUGAGCGUGCCCUGCCCCCUGCCCAGCCCCCAGGCGGGCACGCUGACCUGCGAGCUGAAGAACUGUCCGUAUUGCGCCAGUGCCCUGGACGACCCCGACUUCGAGCUCAGCGACUCCGAGAGCGGAGGCUCGGAAGGCAACGCAGUGUAUGAGUUCACACGGGACGUGCGGCACGGGGACCGCCCCNAGGGCGGGGGCGGGGCCCUGCGGAUGGGCUCCUGGGGGUCGGGGCCAGGGGUGGUGUCGGAGUGGCCCGACGAGCUGACCAGCGCCCUGGAGAUCAGCAACAUCGUGUUCACCAGCAUGUUCGCCCUGGAGAUGCUGCUGAAGCUGCUGGCCUGCGGCCCGCUGGGCUACAUCCGCAACCCUUACAACAUCUUCGACGGCGUCAUCGUGCUCAUCAGCGUCUGGGAGAUCAUUGGGCAGGCGGACGGCGGCCUGUCGGUGCUGCGGACCUUCCGGCUGCUGCGGGUGCUGAAGCUGGUGCGCUUCCUGCCCGCGCUCCGCCGCCAGCUCGUGGUGCUCAUGAAGACCAUGGACAACGUGGCCACCUUCUGCAUGCUGCUCAUGCUUUUCAUCUUCAUCUUCAGCAUCCUGGGAAUGCACCUGUUUGGCUGCAAGUUCAGCUUGACGACAGACACCGGAGACACGGUCCCCGACAGGAAGAACUUUGACUCCUUGCUGUGGGCCAUCGUCACCGUGUUCCAGAUCCUGACCCAGGAGGAUUGGAAUGUCGUGCUCUACAAUGGCAUGGCCUCCACCUCGUCCUGGGCCGCUCUCUACUUCGUGGCGCUCAUGACCUUUGGCAACUACGUGCUCUUCAACCUGCUGGUGGCUAUCCUGGUGGAGGGCUUCCAGGCAGAGGGGGAUGCCACCAGAUCCGACACGGAUGAAGACAAGGCAUCCACGCACUUGGAGGAGGAUUUUGACAAGUUCCGAGAUCUCCGGGCCACAGAAAUGAAGAUGUACUCACUGGCGGUGACGCCCAACGGGCACCUGGAGGGCCGAGGCAGCCUGCCCCCUCCCCUCAUCAUGCGCACGGCGGCCACGCCCAUGCCCACCCCCAAGAGCUCCCCACACCUGGACCUGGCCCCCGGCCUCCUGGACUCGCGGCGUGGCAGCAGCAGCUCUGUGGACCCCCAGCUGGGCGACCAGAAGUCGCUGUCCAGCCUCCGAAGCUCGCCGUGUGCCCACUGGGGCCCCAACAGUGCCUGGAGCAGCCGGCGCUCAAGCUGGAACAGCCUGGGCCGCGCACCCAGCCUCAAGCGGCGGAGCCAGUGCGGGGAGCGUGAGUCUCUGCUGUCCGGGGAGGGCAAGGGUAGCACGGACGAGGAGGCGGAGGACGGCAGGCCCGGGGCAGGGGCCUCGCCGGGGACACGCCUGGUCCCGCUGCGGCGUGCCGAGUCCCUGGACCACCGCGGUGCCCUGGACCUGCGUCCCCCGCGGCCGGCCGCCCUGCUGCCCGCCAAGUUCCAUGACUGCAACGGGCAGGUCCUGGCCCUGCCCCCUGAGUUCUUCUUGCGCAUCGACAGCCACAAGGAGGAUCUGGCUGAGUUUGACGACGACGUGGAGGAUAGUUGCUGUCUGCGGCUGCGCAAGGUGCUGGAACCCUACAAGCCCGCAUGGUGUCGCAGCCGCGAGCCCUGGGCCCUGUACCUUUUCUCUCCGCAGAACAGGUUCCGGGUCUCCUGCCGGAAGGUCAUCGCUCACAAGAUGUUCGAUCAUGUGGUCCUGGUCUUCAUCUUCCUCAACUGCAUCACCAUCGCGCUGGAGAGGCCCGACAUCGACCCCGGCAGCACCGAGCGCGUCUUUCUCAGCGUGUCCAACUACAUCUUCACGGCGAUCUUCGUGGCCGAGAUGAUGGUGAAGGUGGUGGCCCUGGGCCUGGUCUCUGGCGAUCACGCCUACCUGCAGAGCAGCUGGAAUGUGCUGGACGGGCUGCUGGUCCUGGUGUCCCUGGUCGACAUCGUCGUCGCCAUGGCCUCAGCUGGGGGCGCCAAGAUCCUGGGCAUCCUGCGCGUACUGCGGCUGCUGCGGACGCUGCGGCCCCUGCGGGUCAUCAGCCGCGCUCCGGGCCUGAAGUUGGUGGUGGAGACCCUGAUCUCGUCGCUCAGGCCCAUCGGGAACAUCGUCCUCAUUUGCUGUGCCUUCUUCAUCAUCUUCGGCAUCCUGGGGGUGCAGCUUUUCAAAGGGAAGUUUUAUUACUGCGAAGGCGCCGACACCAGGAACAUCUCCACCAAGGCCGAGUGCCGGGCGGCGCACUACCGCUGGGUGCGGCGCAAGUACAACUUCGACAACCUGGGCCAGGCGCUCAUGUCCCUGUUCGUGCUGUCGUCCAAGGACGGCUGGGUGAACAUCAUGUACGACGGGCUGGACGCCGUGGGCAUAGACCAGCAGCCCGUGCCCAACCACAACCCCUGGAUGCUGCUGUAUUUCAUCUCCUUCCUGCUCAUCGUCAGCUUCUUCGUGCUCAACAUGUUUGUGGGCGUCGUGGUGGAGAACUUCCACAAGUGCCGGCAGCACCAGGAGGCCGAGGAGACGCGGCGGCGCGAGGAGAAGCGGCAGCGCAGGCUGGAGCGAAAACGCAGGAAGGCCCAGCGUCGGCCCUACUACGCGGACUACUCGCCCACCCGCCGCUCCAUUCAUUCACUGUGCACCAGCCACUACCUGGACCUUUUCAUCACUUUUAUCAUCGGCGUCAAUGUCAUCACCAUGUCCAUGGAACACUACAACCAGCCCAAGUCGCUGGACGAGGCGCUCAAGUACUGUAACUACGUGUUCACCGCCGUCUUCGUCUUCGAGGCUGCGCUGAAGCUGGUGGCUUUUGGGUUCCGGAGGUUCUUCAGGGACAGGUGGAACCAGCUGGACCUGGCCAUCGUGCUGCUGUCCAUCAUGGGCAUCACGUUGGAGGAGAUCGAGAUGAACGCGGCCCUGCCCAUCAACCCCACCAUCAUACGGAUCAUGCGUGUGCUCCGCAUCGCCCGCGUCCUGAAGCUGCUCAAGAUGGCCACAGGCAUGCGGGCUCUGCUGGACACGGUGGUGCAGGCCCUGCCCCAGGUAGGGAACCUGGGCCUACUUUUCAUGCUCCUGUUUUUUAUCUAUGCUGCCCUGGGGGUGGAGCUGUUCGGGAGGCUUGAGUGCAGUGAGGACAACCCCUGUGAGGGCCUGAGCCGGCACGCCACCUUCUCCAACUUCGGCAUGGCCUUCCUCACGCUGUUCCGCGUGUCCACGGGGGACAACUGGAACGGGAUCAUGAAGGACACGCUGCGGGAGUGCGCCCGCGAGGACAAGCACUGCCUCAGCUAUCUGCCAGCCAUCUCGCCCAUCUACUUUGUCACCUUCGUGCUGGUGGCCCAGUUCGUGCUGGUCAACGUGGUGGUGGCCGUGCUCAUGAAGCACCUGGAGGAGAGCAACAAGGAGGCCCGCGAGGACGCCGAGCUGGACGCCGAGCUGGAGCUGGAGGUGCCGCGGGGGCCGCCCGCCUGCCCCCGGCCCGCGGCCCCGCGCAGCCCAGACACCCCCGGCCUCCUGGUCGUGCGCAAGGUGUCCGUGUCCAGGAUGCUGUCCCUGCCCAACGACAGUUACAUGUUCCGGCCCGUGGCGCCGGCCUCGGUCCCGCAUCCCCACCCGCUGCGGGAAGCGGACGUGGAGCCGGUCUCGGACACGGUCGCUGCCGGCCCAGCGACCUCGGCACACUCCCCGCCCGUGGAGCCCUGCACCUCUCUCCAGGUCCCGUCGGCGGCCACGGUCUCCCCGGCCAGGGACAGCGACACGCUCCAUGCUCUGUCCCUUCGGGGCGCGGCCCGCUCCCCCAGCCUCAGCCGGCGGCUCUGCAGACAGGAGACCAUGCUCACCGACUCGCUGGAAGGACACGUUGAUGGCCCCAGGGACAGUGGCCCAGACUGGGGGGAGCCUGGCGGAAAGACCCCCGUGAGGCAGGCGUCCCUGGGGGCCUCCAUACGGUCCCCGCCCCGGUCCCCGCGGUCCAGCAGCGUCCGCACCCGCAAGCACACUUUUGGGCAGCGCUGCACCUCCAGCAGGCCCCCGGCCCCCGGAGGGGAGGAGGCCGAGAUCCCGGAUCCUGCCGACGAGGAGGUCAGCCAUAUCACCAGCUCGGCCCGAAGCCCCUCAGCCUCGCCCGCUGCCCGAGGAGUGGGAGGCGGUGACCCAGACCUGCGUAGGCUGUACAGCGUGGACGCCCAGGGCUUCCUGGACCAGCCCGGCCAGACAGAUGAGCAGAGGCGGUCCUCCGGGGAGCAGGGGGGCGGGGAUGGUCACCCGGAGGCCAGGGAGGUGAAGGCUCGGGCCCCAGAGGCCGAGCCAGCCUUGGGGGCACGCAGGAAGAAGAAGAUGAGCCCGCCCUGCAUCUCCGUAGACCCCCCAGUGGAGGACGAGGGCACGACCCGGCCCCCGGCGGCCGAGGGCAGCAGCACCACUCUGCGGCGGCGAACCCCGUCCUGUGAGGCCACGCCACACAGGGACUCCCUGGAGCCCGUGGAGGGGGCAGGGGUGGACCCUGCUGCCAAGGGGGAGCGUCGGGCCCAGGCCCCCUGCCGCGCAGAACACCUGACCGUCCCCAACUUUGCCUUUGAGCCGCUGGACGCAGGGGGCUCUGGCGGAGACCUGUUUUUGGACGGUGGCCACGGUGUGGCCCCAGAACCCAGAGCUUCCUUUUCGGGGGCCGCGGCGCCUCCUGAACCCCACAAAACAGAGCCUCCCGUGCCCCCCAACGAUCCCCCAGAGAAGGGACGGGGGCUGCACCUCAAAGUUCUCCAGACCCCCCCAAAGAAAGCGGGGUCUCCCCCAGCCACCCCCACCCCAGGUGACAGUGUAGACAGGCCUGUGUAGCUCAGGGCAUGUUGCCACACAGGUGUUAGCAGUGCGGUUGGGCUGCCCCAGCGGGGUGGUGGCCCCGGGCAGAGCUGUGCGUAGACCCCAGCGCAGGCCCCGUGAGGCCGUCCGCCUGGGGAGGGAAGCAGGCGCUGGGCCUGGGCAAAGCAGAAUCAGGAGGAGCCCCCCAGCCUGCGAGCCUGCAUCCCGUGGGUUCAGGUUUGGAUUUUUCUGAGUUUCACGACCGUGGUCUGAGGCCUUGCCGGUACCCGGUCAGGGGUCCCCUGACAGCCGCUGUGUCCCCACGACAAAGAUCAGGAAACGACCAGAAGGAGGCAGUCUGAGGCUGCCCAGCAGAGCCCCGUUCUCACGCUCACUUUUCUAGGGAACACAUACUUGGGGCCACCUGUGCCCUCCCAGGUGGCAGCUUGGUCCCAAGGCAGCCACAGCCACGCUGACUCACUCAGUCUGAGUGCUCACCUGUCUGUCCCCACUCCUCGUCACCGUCUCCCCAGCUCCCUUCCUGGGCCCAUGCCCCACCAUUCUGCCCUCGGAUGUGCCAGACACACCCGCAUCGCAGGGGGUGUGGGGUCCGUGCAAUAAAGCCCCCACCACUGCUGGCGGCCCCGCCUGGGCCCCAGGUUGAGGUGUCUGCCGAUGCCCCUGCGUUUAGUGGACCCUUCGUUUAUAAAUUCAGGUUAAAUGUUGCAAUAAUCUGAUACAGGAAAUUUGGCUUCUUAAGGGAAGGGGAAGCGAGGGUGGGGGGCAAAGCAAAGCGGAAUAAAUAUUAACUUAUUUAAGAAA